CGUGUGCUUUGUUUUGCAGCGUGAUGACGCCACGCGUAAAGAAUAGGAAGUCAUUUGAAUUUACAUCAAGUAAACACUACACGGAUAGAAAAGAAACUGCUGAUGUACACCACAAUUUUAAAAAAUGGGUGUAAAAGGUCUUCAGUACUUUAUGGACCGUUGCUGUCCAGAAGCCUGUGUGACUGUGAACCUGAGAGAAAUGGCCAGACAACAUGUUGCCAAAAACCAGCAAGGCUGCACAACCACAGAUAACACUACCAGCCCCACACUCGUUGUGGAUGGUAUGGCCUGCCUGCGCCACUGGUACUCAUGUAAGGACUGGGUGUGUGGGGGGCAGUGGAGGGAGUACAUGGAUGUGCUAAAGAGCUGGGUGGAGGCCUUCACCUCAGCAGGCAUCAGACUUGUUUUCUUCUUUGAUGGAGUUGUGGAAGAGCAGAAGAGACAGGAGUGGGUGAAGAGGAGACGCAGAGUGAAUGGGGAGGUUUCUAAAAUGUUUCGUCACAUGAAGGCACAUGGAGAGCAGCCUGGUAAAGAGCUAUUUUGUCUGCCUUCUGGUCUGGCAUCAUUCACACCCUUUGCUCUCAGGUCAUUGGGCCAGGAAGUGUUUUGCUCAGUGCGGGAGGCUGACUACGAGAUUGCCAGCUAUGCUCGUCAGCAUGGCAGUAUGGGAAUUCUAGGACAGGAUUCAGACUUCAUCAUAUAUGACAGUGCCCUCUACUUGUCUGUGGCAAAGCUGCGGAUAGACAGCCUCACUACUGUCAUGUACCACCGACAAAGGCUCUGCCAAACAAUCGGAUUGACUGUUACCCAGCUACCACUGCUGGCUUGUCUCCUAGGUAACGAUGUGGUGUCAGAGGAACAGAUGCAACACAUCAGGAACAAUGCCAUGGCAGCAUACAGGAUAAACAGUCCUGUACCUCACUCUGGUGCUCCUCAGGGGCAGAUGGUGCUAGCUGUAUCCCAUCUUGUGAGCUCCUUGUGGGACAGAGAGGAGCAAGAGACUGGGCUUAUCCCUCAGUCUCUGAAUCUAUCAGCUCCUCACAGAGAGCUACUGAAGAGGGGGGUUCGCUCUUACUUACUGCCUGGACAGGAAGCUCUUCAGCAAGAUGACAUGUCUGCACUUCCCUCUGCGUCAGCCUUUGAGAAACAUUUUAGUCCCAAAAUAUUAAAGGCCUGUAGAGAGAAGCAUGUAGCAGCAGAGGGUUUUAUGGUUUACAGUGUUGUGUUUGAGGGAGUCACUGAAUGUAGCAACACUCUAGAGGACGAGGAGAACACAGAGUUACUGCCUCAGGCCCUCGUCUACAAGCCCUGCAGACAACGCAUCUAUGGGCUGCUGCUGCUGCACGGGCAUGAUGGCAGCAGUGUUGACCUUCCAGCAAUCAGGGAGUGGUUUGUCUACUCUGGAAACCCUCUGAAGGAACCUGACAUGGUCCACCCUGUCCCACUUGGCUUCCCAGGUGAUCAGCCCAGUCUGGAUUUGUUAUGGUUCGGCACCAGUCCUGAAGUUUCUGCUCUUCGCCUGACGUCAUUCCUUUCGAUUUUUGACUGCCAGGAGUAUAAGGAGUUAUAUGGCGCUAUUGAAGAUUCCCUCCUGGCUGCUCUCUGCUUGGUCACUUACAUAGUCCUCCAGGUACAAACGUUGUCUCAAGAGGACUUGGAUGCUUACCUGAGUCAGGCUGUGUGUCUGAGACUAAAAUCCCCUCAGGAGCUUCAACAGAUCAAGCUGCCUUUCCUCUCCAGUCGUGCAGUGCAGCUGGGAUCCCUCUACGUCCGAGGACUGAGCCACCUGCUCGGUGCUAACUGUGCCAGCGGCUGCCCGUUGCCCAGCGCUGCCCUGAUGCCUUGGCAUAGCUUCGAUGGGCGACUGUUCCACUCUAAGUACCUGCUGGCACAUAGCGGCACAGAGAAAACUGUGUUGCUGGACAGCGAUUCGUCCUGUUUGUCUCUGUUUCUCUGCCUGAGAGAGAAACUUACAGAAACCUGCAGUAAGCGAAGCAGAGUCCUGCAGUCCAGACCCAAUGCUCCAGAACAUAGUCAUAAAACCACACCAGGUGGUGUUCAAAACUGGAGGGAAAGAGAGAUGUUUGGAGGCCAUCGGCAUGGAGGAGGAUGGAGGGAGAGAGGGGAGGCAAGACGAUACCCAAGAGAAUAUGAAAACGGAGAGAGACUAUGGGAGAGAAGAGGAGGGAUGAGAGGAGGCCAUUUUCAUCCUGCUCCUCAUCCAAACUGCCACGAUGGAGGACCCCAGAACAUGAGCCGUCCUCCAAAUCGUUCCAGAGGUCCAUCAUACCGGAACAGAGGCAGAUACCAGCUGUCUCCGAGAUGGUCGCAACCUCCUGCACCAGGAACAUGACUCUACCCCAGACGAAGAGAAGAGAAGAGAAGAGGAGGAUUAGAGCCUUUACAGUCAGGCUGACUGAUUUCCUGUAGCACCGUGAUAAGUCGUAAAAUCCACCAGAGGAAAAGGAUGCAGAGAAAGUUCCACAGCCUAAGUGCUCUCAUUCCUGUGUGUGUGUGUGUGUGUGUGCGGGCGCUAUACGCAGAGCAGUAAAGAAAUGUGAGAGUGAAUUUCUCAACAAAUAAGAGGAAAUCAGAUUGUUGAUACAGUGAUGGUGAGACUGUGUUUUGCGUGACAGAGCUGAGGGUUACAUCAGUUUAUCCUCCUGUAGUUUAAUGAUACACUUAUUACACAGGGCCAGAUACAGGCUGAUACAAGCAAUAUGUUUUACAUGGACUGAAGAUAUAUGCUUAUCAUUAUCAAUCCCCCCCCACCCCCCCGCUUGCCUAGAUGUACUUUGUUGCGUGAGGCUUCGUUUCCCUGAUUUUGUUCAACAGAGAUGGGGAUUGCAAAGUUAGCAUGACCCAUAGACUUACAAUGUCCACAUCUAUGGGAAAUACCCCUAAAUUAAACAAAAUUUGUCAUUUAAUGUGACUGCAUUAAAUUCACAUUGAGUUGCUGAGGAAGAGUUACAGUAAUGCUGCAUAUAGGCAAGUUGCCAGAGCGAUGUGUCUUUUUCACACGUGACGUGACGUUUAAAACUGCCAGUGUAUUCACAGUCAGUGCAUGAGUGAAAGGGGCUGUUGAUUCUUUGCUGAGGGUGACUUAGGAAAAGUUGAAUCUUCAUGCUGAAGAUUUGAAGGGUUAGAGGGACGAGGAAUUGAACAGCUCAGUGAUUAGAGCUUUCUAAGUGGAUGUGACCAAAGCGUCCACUCCCUGUCUUUCCUCUCAGUCCAGACGCAGCAGAAGAAAACACAGAGCGUGUGUGUGUGGUUUUAGGUCAGUAACUGUGGUGGGUAGAGUGGGUGUGGGUGGGUGCAUGAGGAGGGGCAACACGGGUGGGGCACGCAACACACAUACUCGAGUCCAGUUGCCCCUUCAACAUAAUAACAAUAACAAGAGGAGUAAUGCUUUCUGUGGUGAAGAGGAAGCAAAGGAUGGAAGCUUAAAAAGAGAGUAAGAGGGAGGAAAACAAAGUGGAAGACGGAAAUGAAGAAGUGUAAAGUAGAGAGGAGAAGUAAACAUUGAGAAGAGGAAAACGAACAAGAGGAAACACACCAGAGGAGUGAUGGAGAGGUGGAAGACUAAGAAUAGAGAAAACUACAGAAAACAGGAUGAGAGUGGAGAAAAGAGAGGAGAUGAAUUUAAAGAAGAGGAAAGGGUGAGACAGAAGAGUUGAGAACACAAGCAAUCUGAGUCACUAGUCUUGCCUCAACCACAGGAAACCCUGUUGACUGCCCGACAAAUCAGCUUCCUGUGUGUGUGUGUGUGUGUGUGUGUGUGUGUGUGUGUGUGUG